AUGUCUCCUGAAAUGGCAUGGUCUUCGAAUUCGGUCCUUCGGGAAAAACGGCUUUUGAAUGGCGGCUUCUACAAAACAAUAAGGCUAACAUUGCUAACUAGCAGAUUUGCCGGUGUAUUACCAAUAAGUGGGCUUACGAACCAUUCCAGUAAAUUAACUAGAUAUACCUGGAAAUCGUUUUAUUCCCUUAUCUACGUACCACGUUUAUUAUUACAAGUUUUAUUGUUUUCGUAUCUUCUUGUUGACCUCAUUCGAGGCGGAAUUUCAAUACAAAAGUUAUUUGUUUGCAAAUAUAUGGGAACUUUCAUUAUUGAGAGUAUUAUCACAUUACGAUUAUGCAUAAAAUGGAGAACUAUGAUAACAGAAGUAGAAGCAAUUGAGAGAAAAUUACCACCUGUGAACAAACCACGGAAGGCGGUUUUUGUCGCUAAUUUGACAAUGUUUGCCAUACAACUUUGCUGGGCAGUGUGUCAUUGGCUAUACUUAAUGUUCUUAGCCAAAAUGACGUUGAUAUGUUAUCUCCAACCGGAUGAUGCCGAUUCAUACAUAAAGUCGUAUCUAUUAGUUAAUUACUCUUGGUUAUAUGAUCAAAUUCGGUUUAGUUAUUUCAGCGGACUUAUUCUGCAGGUAUUUCAAGCACAAGCUUCAUUUAUAUCGAACUUCAUUACCAUCCUGGUCGCCAUAACGAGUAUGUAUCUGAGAAACAGGUUUCAAACCUUCAACAGAAUAUUCUUUCAACGGCAACACAAAUCACGUCACAGUAAACCUUCCUGGAUGGAGCUCCAGAUGUACUACGCUAGAUUAACACGUUUGGCCUGUGUUGUAAAUGACUAUAUACACCCAUUUGUAUUUACAACCUUCUGGAGCGAUCUAUUUUUCAUAAGCUUCCAGACUUACUACACGUUGAACAAACUAACUCUGGACAACUUUUACUUUAACAAAUGUUUUGAAAGCCACAGAUUUGACAAGGAAUCCGUCGCAUUUUGUGUCUAUUAUUUUAUAUUCUCCGUAUUAAAACUAUCACUGGUGUGGUUUUUAGCUGCCGAGCUUCAUGAAACAAGUCGCAAACCUUUGAAUGCUCUUUACACUGUUUCCUCCAAAGCAUAUACUGUGGAAAUGCAGCGGCUAAUGACUCAAAUUUACCGCAACAAAAUAUGUUUAAGUGGACUGAAUCUGUUUGAUAUUACUAGAGGGACGAUAUUGACGAUAAUGGCAACAAUUUUGACGUAUGAACUAGUUCUUCUGCAGAUAUAA